GAUGAACUGUUACCACUUUAUUCUUUGCUACCGUUCCUGAUAGAACAGAAGUGAAGAUGUUUCGUGUUCUGACAUUUGCCGUUCUUUUAGCCAGCGCGCUGGCUGCCAAGAAAUACAAUGGAUACAAAGUACUCAGGGUAACUCCUAAAAAUGACCAGGAGCUUGGGAAACUCUUCUCACUUAAGGACACCGUGAAAGAUUAUGUCGACUUCUGGAAGUCCCCUACCACAGUCGAUCGCCCUGUCGACAUGCUAAUCAGCCCUCUGCACCAAGAUCUUGUUGUCGGUCAAAUCAAUCGUCGCAAUCUCGAGUUCGAAGUCACAGUCCAGGAUCUUCAAAAGGAUAUCGAUGGGGAGAGGGUGGAAGCGGUGCCUGGCUUUAGCUACACCGAUUACAACACCCUUGAUACGAUUAAUAACUGGAUGGACGACUUGGCUUUGUCAUAUCCAAAUCUCGUAGAAGUCGUUGACGUCGGAAGUUCUUAUGAAGGACGGACGAUUCGGGCUUUAAAGAUAAGUGGAGGAACGGGAGGAAAACCGGUCGUUUGGUACGAAGGCGGCAUCCACGCCCGCGAGUGGAUCUCCCCAGCUACAAUUAUUUACAUGACUAAACUGCUCGUUGAAGGUUACGUGGCCAACGAUUUGGACGCAAGAGAUAUAUUGGACAAUUUAGACGUGUACAUGCUGCCUGUGUAUAACGUCGAUGGUUACGAGUUUACCUGGACCGACGAUCGCAUGUGGCGCAAGACACGCAAACCACUUCCACUCUCAUCGUGCUAUGGUGUAGAUCCGAAUAGGAACUGGGAUUACGAGUGGGUUGCAUCCUCGAUUAAGUGUUCAGAGACAUACCCCGGUCCUAACGCAUUUUCCGAAAUUGAAGUCUCCUCGGUGACCGAUCACAUACAAAAACUUAACAAUGAACGUGGCGUUCUUGCUUUCAUCGACUUUCACGCAUAUGGUGAGAUGUGGAUGACUCCAUGUGGAUACACAGAGACUUUACCACCAGACUACGCCGAACAGAUUGAUGUGGCUACUAGGUCAGUAAGUGCACUGCAAAGUGUGUAUGAUGGCGAAACAGUGUACCACACCAAUUUGGGUCCAAUUGCUACAGUUAUAUAUGAGGCGCAUGGGUCGAGCGUUGAUUGGACGUACGGAGAGCUUGGCAUUGUUCACUCGUACGCCGUGGAGCUUCGUAAUACGAGGAGUUUCAUUAUCAGCUCGGCGUACAUCGAAAAAUCCGGGAGAGAAACGUACGAGGCUCUGAAAGUCACAUCUUUACACGUUAUCCCCUAAUUCUUCAGCCUGGGUGGUUGUCUAAUUCCAUUCUAUAAUUCUACAGGCCUAAAAAUGUGUUUUAAAUUUGUGUGGAGGUAGUAUACUGCAUUCAUAAAGCAUCCCGAGCGACAUUGUUAAUCAGUUUUGUUAAACCAAGUCGGAGGUUUGGUUAAAAAUUAGUCACAAAAAAGUCACCAGAAAAAUAAUUCAAUAUUACAAACAAUAUCAAUGUAGGAUAUGGGAAAUUACUGUUUAGAUUUCAAAUCUCUUGAGUAAAUUUAAACAAUUAUGAUCAUUUCUUGUAAUAAAGGUUCUUAUAGUAUACAAGGUUGGAGAAUAGUGUUUUUAACGUAUCAACUCGGAUUUUUAGCAUAGCUUCUUUUACUGAACAGCAAUGUUACAUGUCUAGGACUGGUAGAUGUUAUCACAUGCCUGAUAACUUGAACUUGAAAUAAGAAAAAAAAUAAUAACUGUUCCAAUCUAAAAGAACUGUGCGACGCCAUACUGCUGUCAAUAUAUACGGUGAUGAUCUUUCAGAAUAAGCAAUCCAAAUAACAAGGUUUGGAUACAUUGGCAUCGCAUCUGUGCUUGUUCUUACAAUUUACUUUAUUUCAUCCCAUUUUUCUAAUUCUCAGAUUUUUAACAAAUCUAUUGGACUGUCAUAUAUUUCGUCAAGGGGGAAACUAAAACACCAAAUAACACAGUGUUGAAGGGUUUCAGAAAUACACAAAAUACCGAUGCCUGCACUCGCAGUAUAUCUAUAGCAAUUCAUAAUCUAUGAAGAAUAAAUAAUUAUCUCCUUUGUCAUUGA